ACGAACCCGCAGAGUGAAUCAUAUACGAAAAAAGGGAUCAGUUUGGCCAAAACACUCACUCAAACUCAUCCACUGUUCCACAUUCCUGGUGCUACACGAUCGUGUCCGAAGCAGGCCGAUCGGUUUUUGUUGCUCCAAAGCAGCUAGUAGUGAGUUUUCACGCACGAACCAAACCAGUCACGAUCGACGCCAAGCCAUUCGACGUUAGGGUCUGCGCGUGUGCAUUUAUUUUCAGUUGGAAUUGGACCGAUCCGCUACGGGAGGGUUGUGCACUUCGAGACGGAGCGAUAAAGAACAAAAAAAAGGAAUAACAUCGUGUGUACAGCGUGCAUCAGAGAGCAAGUGAAAAAUCAAUAAUGUUGCCCAAAUGCACUGCGCAGCAGAGGAUGGGGUGUAAACACCGAACAACAGCCCCAAACCACACGGAAGCUGUUGAGCCGACGAUCUGACUGUUGACACUGCAACCUAAUUGGAAACAGCAGCGGAUUUUCCGCAGCAGCACCAAUCGCAUCGAAAACAUUUCCGCUUGCAAUCCCUCGCUGCGUUUGUUAAACUUUCCACUGUGAUGUGAUCAUUGAAAACGUUGAGCGAGCGCAAAACCGGAAAAGUGUACACCCUUCCGCACCCCUUCCUGCCCUUUGCAUUCUGGCACUUCUUCGGCCCGCGUUUGGCAUAAAAUUAAGGUACACAUCCGGUGACAGCAUUACGCAGCAUUCGCUCCACCGACCACAAUGGUUAUUUUCCGGUCAGUUUGUUUGUGUGCGAAACAAUCUCACGAUUCGUAGGGAAGGGAUCCGUUCCAACGGGCUGUCGCGCCCCUACCGCCUUACCAGCUCCCGAGGGGAUGAGUGUAAAACAAUUAAAUUUUCAUGCUCAUGUGAUGCUUGUGCUGUGAUGUGGAAAUCGGCAUCGGCCAGCCCCUCUCCCCUCGCGGGUGCGGUUUUUGUGUGUGAAGUGAAAACAAAAGCGUGAAAAUGGUGGUGGUACACUUUGGGGAAAAUUAAAACGACGAAAAACCCCAAACGGAAAGCUGCCGUUUGGUGGGUUUCAGCCGGUGUAGGGGCAAGGGCGAAUGAAAUCAAACACAACACAAAGUUAGCAAAGGUUGCGCUCGCGCGCGUCGUCGGGUUUGUGCGGUGUGCUGGAAAUGAUGAUGCACUGGUGAGGGCAAAGGGCAAAUCCGGCCCGUUGAACAAAAAACGGUGGAAAAACGAAUUUCCUCAUGCACGACUGUUGUGUUGUGGCGCGCUUGUCUGUGUGUGAGUGUGUGUACACGAGUUUGUGUGUGGGAAGUGAAGCUGUGCGAACCACAAAGUGCUUUACGCGAGCAGCUACUAACACUCUGGCACGCAAUUGUCGUCGGUAAACCGUUCCAGAACAGUGUUUACAUACCAAAGGUUAAUACAUUUAAUGCUUCAUUAAACACGAACGGAUUGUUGGCCGGGUUUGGAGCGUUUUGUGGGAAGAAGCAGACGGUGGAACCAACAACUAUCAAACUCUGGCUGAUGUUGGUGGUAGAAAUCAAACCGAACACAACGCAUUCGUCGAGUUAGCCGGAAAAAAACCACGCCAGGAUUAUUGCGUUCGAUCACACUAAUUGUAUGACGCGUUCACCAUGACCACUAGAGGGAUUAGAAGGAAAAAGUCCUACCUGGCGGAGAUUAAGGUGGCCGUCAUCGGUGCACCGUGCGUGGGGAAAAGCGCAUUAACGGUACGAUUUCUCACGAAACGCUACAUCGGAGAGUACGACCACCAGGCAGAGAACCGACACAAAUAUGAAAUCAUGGUCGAUGGCGAAGCGGUCCUGUGCGAGAUUUGGGAUACCUGUCCGAAGAUCGAGGAAAACGCGGAAGCGCUCUCGCUGACGGCCGGCUCGGAAACGGUCCAGUGGGCGGACGGGCUGCUGCUCGUGUACUCCAUCACCGACCGCGACUCGUUCAACUUCAUCCGGCGGGCGAAGGAGGAGCUGGCGGGCGAUCUGCCCGUCGCCCUGGUCGGCAACAAGGUGGACAUGGUGCAUCUGCGCCAGGUCAGCACGGACGAGGGCGAAAUACUGGCGAAGGAUUUUGAGUGCAAGUUUUUCGAAAUCUCGGCCGCCGAACACGUGUACCAGGUGGCGGAAGCAUUCCUAGAGCUGUGCCGCGAGGUGCUGACCGGCAAGCGGAAAUCGAAGCAGAGCUUCAUCGACAAGAUCGACCGCAUGCUGAGCGGGUCGCGCACGUACAGCCGGGGCAAGAGUGACAGCAUAUCGCCGAAAGAGUGACAGUUGAUUUAAAAAAAAAAAAAAAACAAACAAAAGCGAAUAAAUAAUGCACAUUGCUGCUUACCGGCGAAAACAAUCAAAAAAUAAAAACCUCAAACCUCAUUAAAGCGAA